UGUCACACUCACAUAAAACCUGAAGAGAAGAGCAGAGGGGCUUCAGAGGGACUUCAGAGGGGCUUCAGACAAGAUCAGCGCAUCUGGACGGUGUCAGUCGCUAUUGAAGACAUCUUUUAUUAACCAUGAAGUCAGCCCUUGGCCUUCUUGUCGUGCUGUGUGCUCUCUUCUGCUGCUCUGCUGACAAUGUGAAACUCUUGCGCUCAAAGCGUGGGACUCGUUUUAGAGGUGAGCCAGAGCAGCAACCAUCAAGACGGACCCUUUUCAUUAUUCAUGUUCAGAAGUCCACACCUUCCUUUGACACCUCCUUCCAGUGUGUGGAUAGUGAAACGUCAGCAGUGCGUAGAUUUGGCGACACGUGGCUGAGGUGGAGGGGACAGCGCGUGGAGUAUUGUCGUUGUGCGAUGAGAGGACGAGAGUAUUGUCAUGUUGUCCCAGUCAUCAACUGCUACGUGUCUCAGUGUUAUAAUGGAGGGACUUGCAAAGAGGCAGUGUACACGUCAGACUACAUCUGCCAGUGCCCCCCAGGUUUUAGUGGAACCCAGUGUGAGAUCAAUACCAAAGAGCGCUGCGUUACCGCACAGGGGGAAGGCUACCGGGGAACGUGGAGCAUCAGUCAGUCCGGGGCGGAGUGCAUAAACUGGAACUCCACUUCUCUGAGGGGGAGACGCUACACGGCCCGAAAGAACGACGCCAGCAGCUUGGGACUGGGCAAUCACAAUUACUGCAGGAACCCAGACAGUGACAGCACUCCCUGGUGUUAUGUCUAUAGAGGCACUCAGGUUGUCUGGGACUUUUGUUCUUUACCCAAGUGUCCAGAAGAUAAGGGGUGCGUUUCGGGCUCGGGUCAGUCGUACAGAGGGACAGUAGCAGUGACAAGAAGCGGCUCGCGUUGUCUCCCAUGGGACUCCACUGUGGUCAGGAGGAAACUGUACAACGCGUGGAGGUCUGACGCUCUCGAGCUGGGACUGUCCGGACACAAUUUCUGCAGGAAUCCAGAUGGUGAUGUGGGCCCCUGGUGUCACACUUACAAGAACAUGCAGUUGACUUGGGAGCUUUGUGAUAUUCCUAAAUGUGCUAAAAACCCCUCUGUUAUUACCACUCUUGGCCCUCGAGCGCCUACCUCAAACAACAAUAACGGAGGGACGUGUGGGGAGCGUCUGGACAACACCCUGAACCGUCCCGUGUUCCGGAUGUUUGGAGGCAGAGCCAGUGACAUCACAGAGCAGCCCUGGCAAGCCGUGAUUAAUGUUUACCAGGCCCGCCACAAAAAGCACUUCCAUCGAUGUGGAGGGGUCCUGAUUGACUCCUGCUGGGUACUGUCUGCUGCUCACUGCUUCGAAGACAAUGCCAAAGCUGAGAAACUGGAGGUGAUUUUGGGCAGAACAUAUCGCAAACAGAACUCGAGCAGUGAGCAGAUAUUCAAAGUUGAAAAAUACUGGAUACACGAGCAGUUUGACAAUGAAACCUUCGAUAAUGACAUUGCUCUGUUGAAGCUAUAUUCAGACAUUGGCCUGUGUGCUGUAAAAGCUCCAGAGGUCUUUCCCGCGUGUUUGCCCGAUCGGGGGCUAGAGCUGCCGGACUGGACCGAAUGUGAGAUCUCCGGCUAUGGCAAAGAGUCUGAAUUUUCUGCGGAGUACUCUGAGCGUGUGAAGAGAGGUUACGUGAGGCUGUGGCCAAAGGAGCGCUGCGUCCCGUCUGUGCUCUCCGGGCGAACUGUCACUGCCAACAUGCUUUGUGCAGGUGACACCAGAGGACUGGACGAUGCCUGCAAGGGGGACUCAGGGGGCCCACUGGUGUGUCGAAACAACGACCGGAUGACGCUGAUGGGUGUGAUCAGCUGGGGUGACGGCUGUGGACAGAAAGAUAAGCCCGGAGUCUAUACCCGUGUCACCCAUUACAUCGAGUGGAUAAAUGCCAAAAUAAAGGCCAACCCUGUAUGAUGCCCGAGUGACGGCAAAAGGAUGUUGUUGCAUAACUUUCCCAGGCAGAGAGAUGCAGUGAACACAGAACGAGGGUCUCAAGGACUCUAUCUGUAGAAGCUUUCUGUUGGUUUGAAUGCACCGGGUAGAAGUUUGAAACCAGGUUAAACCACGUAAAAAAAGGUUCACUGUGGUCAGCCUUUUAUGUAGGACUGUGGGACUGUCCAGUGCAGUGUGUAUAAACAACAACGCAAACAUUUACUCCACCUCUGCCUCAGUAGAUCAACUUAAAGGUGCACUGUGUAACGUUUCUUGCGUAGGGUUGGCCGUCUGCUAGUCUGCAUGGAGAUGUUAUUGUCCGGCAACAAGCAGGUCGCAGGUUAGAUCUGUGGAGAAGGGAGCCUCAUCAUCUCACACUUAGAAUGCAUCUUUUUUAUUAUAUUUUAGAGCAAUAUAAACAACUCUAACUGAAUAAAUGCAGGAUAGAUAAGUUUAAUGAUAUACUAUGAACUAUUUCAGGCAAAGCAGUGACAUUUCCAUGAAGACCCCUCACCAGAAAAGUUACAGAGUCCACCUUUAACAUACAUUUAAGUUUCCUAAAGAAGAAAUGGAUAUUAGGAUCGUGUGUUAUGUUUAAGUUGAGGAAAAAAACAUUUGUAACUAGUUAGUAGUGCACAUUUUUCCAGGCUAAAAUUGUAAUCAGUUUAUUAAAGUAAGAGUAAAGUGUAAAUACGUGUUGUGUUGUAUCAUGUACUCUGUGUAUCUGCUGGUUCAGAUUUGGUACCCAUUUUGCUAUUUCUCGGGACAAGCUUUGAAACAGCCCUGUUAAGUUGUAUAUUGUCCCCCUGAUCAGACGUUAGCACUUGAUUUACAGAUCGCAGGGUUGAGCCCGGCAUCAGCUCACUAUGUACAGUGUUAAAUAGUUGUACAUUACAUUUAUAUUUUUAUCAACUGGGAGCUAUUUCUGCUCGUCAUUCUUUGUAGUAGCCCAUACGUCAUUAACAGUAUGUCUUGUCUUGUCUUGUCUAAUCUAACCAUGUUCUUAUUUAAAAUGUGCUAUUUAUGUGACUUUUGUAUUCUUUUAGUAACCUGCGUGUUCAGUCUUUGUGAAGCAUUAUUUAUUAUUUGAAUAGAACCUUGUUGUAUCAUUUUGUCAAUAAAAUUAUCUUGUAUUUU